UCGCAAUCCUUUAAAAGUCUAAAGGACGACGCAACGAGUUGACCAGUUGGUUUUGUUUUUUAAUAAUUCAGCUUAAUUUUAGUCCACGAUGUUCAGACCAGAAUUAUACCAGCAAGUGAAUGAAGUUCCUAAACGGGACGCUUUCGAUUGUCUGGAGAAGUAUGGGCCAAAACUGAAAUGGAGCAAGAGUGAGUGUGUGAUAGACUUGGGUUGCGGCGAUGGCAGCGUCACGUCUACCAUCCUGAAGCCAUUUCUACCAAGUUUCAAUAAGUUGGUGGGUUGUGAUAUCGGAGAGCUUAUGGUAGAGCAUGCCAAUCGAAAACAUGGUAAUGACAGAACCUCGUUCAUCGUGUGGGACAUUGUCACCGACGUACCUAAUCAUCUGGCUGAGAGUUUCCAUCACGUUUUCUCUUUCUACGCUUUGCAUUGGAUCCAGGAUCAAGAGAGAUUAUUCAGAAAUAUCUACAAACUCUUAAUAAACAGAGGAGAAUGUUUUCUGGUGUUCUUGGCGUAUACUCCUGUCUUCGACUUCUACAGAGCUCUGGCUCUUCAGCCCAAAUGGAAAACCUGGCUCCGAGAUUCAGAGAAAUACGUGUCGCCCUUUCAAGAUUUGAAGGAGCCAAGCAAGCGAGUCUGCGGCGUCAUGGCCCAGGCGGGAUUCAACGGCAUCUGCGUGCAUUGCGAACAAAAAGAGUACCUCUAUGAAGAAACGAACUUUAGAUUAACAAUGGAAGCAAUAUGCCCGUUUAAGAUACCAGCUGACCUACACGAGGAGUUUAUGGAAGACUACAUGCAGGUAGUGAGAGACAUGAAGCUUAUCAGUCCCAAGGAGGGGGGAGGCUCCAUCGUCACCAUACAGUAUACCCUGCUUAUAGCUAACGGCACUAAGUAAUCUUCUCAUCUCUUGGCAGUUCUAUAACUAACCUCACCAAGCGUGAGGGUUAUUGGGUCGCCACAGGCAACUGACAUAGCGCGUACCAACGGCUUUUCGUGACUUUCGAAGCACGGCCAUCUUACUUUUCGUUCACCCAGAUGAUUCAGUAAGCAAUGGCCUAAAACAAACCAUUAACAGCGUACUAUUGGGCCGGACAGAAGUGAUCAAAACAUAAUUAAUAAUUAAGUAUUUUAAUGAAACUGUAUUUAAAACUUAUGAUUUAUUAUUUAAAAAAAUAUAGAUUUUAAAUAAAAAAUAUAACUAAACUAUUGAAAGACAGGCACAAUAAAUAAAAUACGUACCUAAACAAAAAACUGGCUACAUAAUUAAUAAAUAACUAUAAAAUAAUUUAAAUAACUUAAAAAUAACAUUCACCAUUGCGGUGGGGCUUAAGAUGGGUUAAAAUUACACAAGUAAAUUGACCUGUUUUCAUAUUACACACAUAAAAAUUUACGCUUUUUAAAUAAAAAUAAACACCUUAAAAACAUUAACAAAAUUGGCAUCAUUAUUAUGCAAGUAAAUAUAAAAUUAUUAUUUGCUUUUUAAUUUCUCCGUGUUUUCCUAGUGCGCUUUUUUGUACUUGUUUUGUAGUUAACGUUUUUAAAGUGAUUAUUUUUUAUUUAAAUACAAAGCGUUAAUUUAUUUCUUGCUUUUUAGUGAUUCUUAAUUAAUUAAAUGUCAAAUAGAUACGUAGGUAGGCUCUAGGAACACCAAAUCGCCACGAUCUAUCCUAGUUAAUAAAUAAUUAUAUCCUACUCCUGACUAAUGAGGGUCACGACCUUCCAUUAUCAACUCACUUGAUAUUAUAACUAGCAGUCUGAAUAUGCGUACAGUAGUGAAAGAAUUAUCCUUUAACUCCUAACCAUUGAGGAGUUGACCUUCCAUCGUCAGCUCAGCCACAUAUUCUUUUACGAUCAGAAGUAAAUACUGGUGUAGCUUUGAAAAAUACACUAACUGGUGGGUUGUCGUUAAUUUCUCAAGGGUCCCAUCAUCAGAUCAUAACAUGCUGACAAUGGGACCACCCGGGAACCAUACACUUUUGAAUAAAAAAAAAUAUUUUUCCAAAACGGUCCAGGCGUCUUCGAGUAACCGGGAACAUGUAUAAAAAAGAAUAAAAUAAAUAUCCCGACGAAUUAAGAACCUCCUCCUUUUUUGAAGUCGGUAAAAAAUACUUAGAACUAAAAGUACUUAGAACUAGUUGCUAUCGUGACUAUUGUGUCAUUUUUGCUUACAAUUUUAUACCUUUAUAAUAUGCAAGUAAGUAUAAUCUAUAAACUUAAAUAGGUAUUGUGACAAAUCUAGGUUACAAUUAUAAUGCAUUAUAGACCCUGUUUUUCUUAACUUAUUUAUUUGUACUAUAUAAUACUCCGACGUCUAUCAGCCUUACAAUAUAUUGAUGGCAUUUCUAAGUAAGUAUUUUGACAUUAAAUUACACUUAAUCAUUUAAUUCUUGCUACCUAUUUAUUUAAGACACACUCACCAUUUUGUUAAAUAUUGUCGAAAUCUAUACUAAUAUUAUAAAUGGGAAAGUGUAUUUGUGUCUGUCUGCUAAUUUGACCGUCUUUCACGGCAAAACGCAGUGACGAAUUGAUGUGUUUUCUUUAAGUGGAGACAGUUGAAGGGAUAGAAUGUGAGUGGGUUUUUUUGUCACUUUCUAAUCUCCUACUUCCGUAAAAUGAGAAGUGGAAGUUUAUAUGGAGAAUUCAGAAAUCUUUAAGGUAAAAAAUGGUAUGUGGACCAUUUGCGACUAACAAGACAGUCGUCCAUACUUUUUUUUGGAAAUCUGUCCCCAACCUCUUCAAGGGGGGAGUGAAAUUAUGGGACUUCUCGCAGUUUUUAAGCUGGGAAGCUAAAAAUUGGUUCAUUAGAAAAGGGGAAUCGUGUCACUCCGAAUUUAAAGCGAGCGAACCCGCGAUAUUAUAAGAAUUUAGAGGGCUUUUCGAUAAUUCGUAGUUCUAUUUUAUUCAAGUAGGUACAUUUCAUUUAUUCGCUACACGGCAGUUUAUAAUCGAACUUUCAUAUAACGGCUACCUAUGUAUAAUAUCACAAUAUAUAGGUAUAUUGUUAUUUUUUUCAUAGAAUAUUCGGCACUGUAUAGAUUUAUAGCAUUUAAUAACUAGACAAAAAAUAAAUGCUACUUGUUAAAUAUGAUAUGCCUAUUUGUCCUUUUCCUAAGUUUCUACUUUAGAAAGUAAAUGUUUAGCGACUUAUAAUCUAAAUAUUUUGCUUUUCCGUAUAUUCACACAAGUCUUAGGUAUAGCUUUUCCCCAAAAAACCCUUGAAUCAAAGUUUUUAUAAAACGAAUCAAAUUCUACUCUAGAUAAAUUAUAGACGGCAGGUGCCAAACGCGAUCCUCUCUGCCGAAGUACGGUCAGGAGUACCAAUAUGUAUGCACUUUGAAACCAUGUCACAUUAACUUACUUGACAAAUUAAACCGCAAGUCUCGUUAAAUGUCAAAUAUGAUAAUGCGACGGGGUUCUAAAGUGGGUACAUGAUAUUGCUCAUGACUGUACGUGAACGAUUGGUUCGUGUUUUUUUUUUUGUGUGACGGUUUUGAUUUGGUUUGCGUUAAUAGCCUCCGUGGUUACAGCGUUAGGCUCACGAUCUGGAGAUCCAGGUUCGACUCCUGUUGGGGACAUUGUCGAAAUUUGGACUUUGCAGACUUGAAUUAACUGAUGGAGUCUGCUACAUACCCCAUCCGGUUGAUAGGGAGGACUGUGCCCAGCAGUGGGACGUAUAGGCGCUUUUAGAGAGGUUGAUUUCUUAUGAAUGUGCGGCAGUGAGGAGACGUGUGCUAAUCGUGUAUAUUUCACCUCCCCAAAAAGUGUCAGAAAAAAUGUAGUGUGAAAUGUACCCUAAAGGCAAUUCUCGUCUAUAAUUUACAUGAGAAAUUAUCCAAUGGCAGAACCUCCGGUCCGCCGGAGGCCCGUAUAUUAGGCAGAAAACUAAAAAAUAAGGAGAAAAAACUUGUUCUAGCAAUUGCUAUAAAUAUAGAUAAUAUUUCGACUUGACAUCUAGGUUACUCGUCUAAGUUUAAGUAUAUAAAAUCGUAUUAGCUUAAUCUCCUAAAUAACCUAAAAAAUAAGUUAAAGAUAACGCAUAUGGCAUGUCGUUUUAUAGAUAUUUUUCAAAAUGGAUAAGAUAAGACCAAGAGGUAGUUACAGCUAUUUAGUUUACUUCCUUAAUUUAAAAUAAUAGGUCACUGGUUUUCGUCAAAGGCUUUACGUAAAUUACCUUAACCUUUAUUAUUACAUUGGCGCUAAUUCCCGUAAACACCAUCUAAUUUUUAUUUUAAGUUACACCUGUCAUUUUCUUAUCCGCUGAAAAGGAAAGGGACGGAUGAUUGACAGCUGUUAAUUUUAACAUGAAUCCGAGAAUGAAUGAAUAAUCUGAGCGAAUUAAAUAGGUAUCUCGCUGCUAUGCAACCCGCUUGACGUGUGCUGUCAAAUUAAUUCUGUCGGGUUAUUGACCAAUGUAAAUUUUUAGAGGCUUGUUUUAGAUUUGUGCCUAAAAUUGACGUGUUCUAUAAAUGUUAUGUCUGUCGCUUAACCGUCCCUUUCCAUUGCGGCUGAUAAGAAAAAGAUGAUGUCUACAGGAAUUAGGAUCACUGUAAUGAAAUGUUAAGUUUUAGUUUUGUAACUUAUCUAAGACAUUUGCAUUGCUAAUGUUUUUUGAUCUAUGAUAUCCACUUACUUAUGAUAUUUUCUUAUAAAUCCGAUUCGAGUUUUUCUACCUAUUCGUCUACAAGCAAUACAUCCAUAUUCAAUAUAUUUUCUUACCAUUACAUCAAGCGGUGAAUGCGAUGGGGUUAGCUUUUGAGAAGGCUUCUAUACGAAAUUUUAGUGUCGCAUUUUUUGUAAGUAUGUUUCCUAAAUUGUUGGCUACAAAUAACGAUCAUCAUGGACCAUCGAUCGAAUCCAUCAAUGAAAUGAUUUCCUAUUGUUGCUAAUCGUAAAAAUAUGAGCCAGCAAAUUUUCCUAUAAAGGCGCUUUCAAAACAUCCGAUUAAGUAUAUUUUUUUUUAUUAUUUAGGGCUGAUUUUCCAUAAAACGCAUAAAUUAUUUAUCAAUAAAUAGCAAAACUUUUUAUGAAAUAAUUCAAAUAUGGAACACUUUACUACUUUAUGACUAUUGAGAAAUCAGCCCUUUGACAUCUAAGUAGCUACAUAGAUACAUAAACGUAUGCCUUUUCCCACCGGAGUAAGCAGAUACUAUUGAAAUCCAUUUGCUUCGAUCCUGACACACUUCACAAUUGACAACUAAGUAUUUACUUAUAGAAAAUGUUCAUCAUUUAGUACCAAAAGCGACGAGCAAGGUGUAGUUGUUCCUGAUAUUCACCGCUUCAUCCACGUUGUUAUUUACCUGGUCUAUUAACCGCAUGUCACGGACUAUGUGGAUGUAGUCUUCUAAGAACUCUUCCUCUAGUUCUGCGGACAUCCUGAACGGGUUCACUGCUGAUACUGCUUCUGGAAGUCAGAGAUUCGGUUGUUGUAGUGCUUAUAACCGACUACCGUCCGAUAUAAAACGUAUUGACUCAAAUCGUUCAUUUAAGGCCAAAUUUUCCCAUUAUGUAAUACAAAAUAUUUCUAUUUAGACCAUCCUAUAACUUUGAUUCUGUAAAGCAUCGUAAGCAUGAUUAUUAUUAAGUAUUUCUUAUGUAAGUGACUGUAAGUCUUUAAUAAGAAAUAAAGAUUCUAUAAACCUUA